AUGAAUCCUAACAGCAAAAACUUAGUUUCCGGCGAUCUUCUCUCCAAGAAACCUACCAGAAAGGGCGCUGUCUCCUCCGCUGCACCGAUGAAACCCUUCGCCGCAUCGAUGAAACCCUCCGCCGCACCGAUGAAACCUAUUGGCCAAUCCGGCGUCUCCGGUGAUUCCUCUUCGAAGAAACGUAACGGCAAGGCCGUUGUCUGCUCCGAUGUCCCCUCCGACAAAAACGACGGCGUCGUGUUCUUCAAAAAUGUGACGUUUGGACCACAAGCAGACGAGUUAAGGUUUCGUCUCAUCCAUUUUUGGGAGGCCAGGAACACACUCUCGAAGAUCCUUAUUGGUCUAGAGAUGCUUCUGAUCGACGAAGAGGGUACUGUGAUUCAGGGAUUCAUCCCACCAUCGAGGAUUGACACUUAUCUGCGACACAUGAUUCCCGGUUCCACUUACAGACUCAACAACUUCUUUGGUUCUAAGACCAAGAAGGUGUAUCGGGUUGCUGAUCGAGACGUGACCAUUGCUUUCUCGUGGAACCCUGUCCUCUAUGUUCUCAAAGACAGUUCGAUUCGGUUUCCUGAAGAUCGAUUUCGUUUCCAUGGCUAUGAACUGUUCGAAGCGGCCUGCGACCUCAGAGGGGAUCUGUAUGAUUAUAUUGGUCAUAUUAGAUUGGUGAAUGAGCAGACUCUUAACGAGAGUCUUGUGCUUGAUGAAGUCGAGAUAUCUUCUAUGCGGCGAAUUUUGGUUCAUGUUCAGACACAUGAUGGUCCUGUGAUGAAGCUCUACAUAUGGGACAAAGCAGCUACAGACUUCUGUGAGAAGUUUAAAUCGCUUGGAAAACUUCCGAGUGUUAUUUUGGUGACAACUGUGAAUCCUAAGCGUUUUGGAGGUGCUUUAUCUCUGUCAUCCCUAUCAUCUUCACAGGCUGAGACAGCUACUAUAGGGGAGCUACUCUCUUACAUGAAGCAGGAAGAAGCGAAGGUCGCUUGGUUCGAGUAUACAACCACUAUUGAUGAUGUUGUGCGUGAUUCCGCAUGGUAUUACAUUGCUUGUGGUGGGUGCAAGACUAAAGCAACUAAAGGACCUACCACGCUUAUGUGUAAGAAGUGUGGAAAGGCUGAGAUUACUGGUGCUGCAGAGUAUCUCACUAAGCUCUCUGUCUAUGACAACAAUGAUUAUGCGAGCUUUGUGGUUCUCGGUGACGCUGGGCAUGAGUUAACUGGGAAGAAAGCCUCUGGAUUGGUUGAGAGCUACUAUGAGGCUAAUGAGGGCGCAGUAGAUGGGCAUGUAGUCCUGGUGCCUCAAGCCCUGAUUAAUACCAUUGGACAGACACGCACGUUCGUUAUCAAGAUAUCAAACCACAACCUGGAAGGCAAGACACAAGCUUUAACUGUCACCAAGGUCUUCCCUCUUGAGGUUCCAGUGCUUGGAUGCGAUCUAGACGACAUCGUGGUUGUCCCUCCUACUGGGGUGAGUUUGGAAACUGGUAAUCGUGAGGAAGGUUCUUCCAUUGUGAAUGAGGAACAUGCAGUUGAUGGGGUGAAAAGAGGUUCUGAUAUGAUUGUGUCAGAUGAUGCUAAGCGUGCUAAAUGUGGCUAA